AAUUGUCUUCCAUCACAAAUUGUGUAUGUUUCUAUUGUGGAAUGCGAAUAGUUGUUGAUGUUUUUUUCAUUAAUUUGGUUUUUUUAUUUUAUUGUUAAGAUUCCCGUGUCUUAAACUAAGCUUCCAUGUUCAGUAAUCGCAAUGAUUAUUAUUCACAAAGACUGUCACACGAUGAUUUUACGGACGAGUAUUCUGGCGCCAAUAGUUUUAGUGAAGAAAAUCUCUCGUCUGAAGAUGAUUUUCGUGGCUUUGAAAAAAUCCCAGUGGUUCGUUUAGAACGUUUUGAUUUUUCACAAUAUUUAAAUAAUGGAGUGCACAGAAAAGAAAACUUACAGUUGGAAAAAGACGCGGCAGAAAAGAGUUGUUCAGUUGUUUCGAAGUUUCUGCAGGAAUGCGUGGUUAAGCUUGUCCGAGAUGACUUAGAGCAGUUAAAAGAAACGUACAGGACAAAUGUACUUCUAAAUAAAGAGCUGGCUCAAGACAAUGAUACAAAAUUGAUCCUAAAAUGCAAGAUUUGCCAGAAAGCGUACUCCAGUGAGAAAAAGUUGCAAAAUCACCAAGAAAAUAAACAUUUACUAGUUUACAAGCCUCAAGCCAAGACGCCCAAGCGUGUCUCAUUUUCAGACUACGUUAUUAUUCACGAAGUGAAGGAAUACCAUCGGUGUAGGAAGUGUCCGAAAAUAUUCGAAAAUUAUACAGCUUUAAAGGUGCACAUGAAACGAAAGCACAAGAAGCGUAAGUGCUACAUUUGUAACUAUUGUUCCAAGAAUUUUGUCGAUCGCAUGUUUUUCAAAGUCCAUAUCAAAUUGCACUGCGACGUUUGUGGCCAACUCUUGCUGAAUAAACAGGAUUUAAUGGAGCACAGGCGUAACAUAUGCAAUGUAGUAAAGAAAUACACAUGCAAGACUUGCGACGAGUCGUACUUUAGUUUUAUGAAUUUAAAAGACCAUAGCUAUGAUCAUUUGGGUACAUUUUUCAUUUGUGACAUAUGUAAAGACCAGUUUCAAGGGAAAUGUGAAGUCGCUCAUCAUAUUCAGUUCCUACAUACAACGCAAAGGCCCCAAGACAUGUAUGAAAUCCGUAAUUUGGGUUCGGAAACAUUGUACACAUGUAGAUUUUGCAAUACGAGUUCAGAGGAGAGAGAUGUUAUAGAGAAUCACGUGUCCACCCUUCCCGAUUUAACAAAUAAAGUGAUGACAGGUUAUGACGACUUCUAUUUCUGUGAUCAAUGCUUAAAAAAGUUUCCCAACGAGACGGAUAUGUUAAAACACAAGUGGAGCCAUUUUUUGAACUCUACGGACAACUCGCAAGAGCGGCCGAUGCCGAAUUCGAAAAAAACAAAACAAACAUAUAAUGCUAGUGAAAAAAUUCCAGAGUAUAUGCAGCCACAGCUGGUAUUGGAGAAAAUUAAGAUCGGCGGUCGAGUUGUUAGCGAACCAAUCAAGUUUGUGAAGGUCCAAAAUGUGGAUAUACAAAAUGGUGAAAUAAAGAAGCCCGUGAUUGAUCCAGUGUCGAAGAAAACUAUCAUAUCGAAACAUCAGUGUUCCACCUGUCACAAGUAUUUUUCGUCGAACUACUGUCUGAACAGACAUAUAUUGAAGGUUCACAAGAAAUUCGACAACCUGCAAUGCCACCGAUGUGAAGAAACCUUCGUAUGGCCAUCGCUUCUGCUAUCACACAACUGUAUAUGUAACGAUAUCCCAGAAAUGGCGUUUGAUGAUGCCAGACCAGAAACACAAAUUGACAAUAUCGAGUCUCAGGAUUGUUUGGACGAUCUCAUGGUCUCUGAUGAGAGUUAUAUGAAUUCACUGGACUACGAGAUGCCUUCACCCAUCUGCGAGUUGACGGAAUACGAGAAUGUUCGAAUAGUAUUGAAUUAUGAUAACUGUGUGGCAAGUCCGAAGCUGUGUGUGAACCCUUUGCCAGAUUAUAACGUGGUUAUGCAAGAGGUGCCUAUAGAAUUUUAGCCUAUCACUGGUGUUGCCAGUAAAUUGUAAAUACACACAGAAUAUAUUCUCUACUAAACCUCCAUAUUAUGAUUUAUAUAGAAAAUUGUAAAAUUAUCCAAGAUAUGACAAAUUAACAUUAGAGAGACAUUAAUGAGUAACUUUUAAAACAUAUGUAAUGAUUAUUUCAAUCAGGUUAUGUGUUUAAAGAAUUUUAAUUAAUGGAUAUCAAAAAAAUUAAGAGGUUUUCAGACCGGCUGGUACAUUUAUAUUUUUUUAUCUGUGUAAACCGAUUUCGCCGAGGUUUCUGAACCGAUAUAAGUUUUUUUUUUUUUUUUUCAAACCGACUUCAACAAGAAGGUUAUGUUACUUCUGUAUUUUUUUUGUAUUUGUUAGGUACCUAAUAACUAUUUAAUUUUUAAUGGGUGAAUCAUUUUUUUUAUUUGAGAGUAGGUGCCAGCCAUGUGUUUCCAUUUAAAUUUUCUUUAGUAUUGACAAUUUGAAGCCAGUUAAUUUUUUUUGUUAAAAAAAAAAAACAAUUAUUUUUUCGAAUUUAUCAGGAUGUUUCAUUAUAUUUUAUCUUUGUUUUUGUUAAAUUGCGCCUUUUUCAACCCAAAUCGUAUGAAAAUCAGAUAGAUGUAAUUUGAGUACAAUCAAUGUUUUUUUUUAUUUUGUAAUAUUAAAGUUAACUACAUAUCAUUAUGUUGAAAGAAUAAAAGUAAUAUAAAUAUUUUUAAUCAGAUAUAUUGUACAAUAUUUUUCACGUUUCGAGGUAAUUACAUAUUUACAUACCAACUUUCUAUUUUCACUAUCACACU